AUGACCCCCUAUAAGGAGAGACAGCAUGGAGAAGGACAACAUCCUGUGUUGUACCAAAGAGGGCGACAUAUACGAAGGUCUGUACCAGAUAGGGAUAAAGCAGAGGUGUUUACUGUCUUUGUAGACAAUUUGCCGUCGUCUAUGAAUUCGAAAGGUUUGUCUUUUUUGUUCAACAAGUUCGGAGUGGUGAAAGACGUGUUCAUACCAGAUAAGACUAGGAAAGCUACUAGGACAAGGUUUGGAUUUGUUCUGUAUGAUUGUGCAGUAGCUACAGAGGUGGCUAUCCAAAAAGCUGAUGGGAUAUGGUGUGAUGACUGUGCUAUUAAAGUCAACAUGGCUGAGUUUGGAAAGGCCCAGUUUCGUAGCCAGCAUGUGUCCAUUUUCAAACCAAAGGAAGGUAAAGACAAAAGCCGUGUUUCCAGCUUGGGGUGGGAACAUAAACAACAGCCAUAUGGAGGAGACAGAAAAAGAUCAUUUGUUGAAGUUAUAAGAGCUAAGAACGACGUUCUGUGGUGGUUUGCGCAAAAGAAGAGGGUAAUGGCUGGUUAUUUGGAAAUAUCAUUGUGA